AUGGCGGAGGCGACGCCGACGAUGGUGUUCGUCUACGGCACACUGAAGCGCGGGUUCCCUAACCACCCGCUCCUCGUCGCCUCCGCCACCCCCUUCGUCGGAGCCGCCUCUACGGCCGGCCCGGCCUCCCUCGUCAUCGGCCCCUACUCGGGCACCCACAUCGGUGUCUACGAGCGGCGCCCGAUCACCGUCGUGGCCGACGGGUCGGGCGAGGCGGUGCAGGCGGAGGCGUACUUCGCGCACCCGAGCUACGCGGAGGCGCUCUGGCGGCGCUGCGGCGGUGAGGCGGCCGAGAUUGGGGAGUACACCGUGGACCAUGCCGGCGGGUACGUCCCGAAGAGUGAGCGUGCUGCCGGCGUUGCUGGGCUCAUUGACGCCGUCCAUAGGUUCCUCGCCACUGCCCCGGACAACUGA